AUGGCCCCCGAGGCACCUGAUCCUCAAAGCCUGAAGUCAUGGCAUGAUGCCUUUCAGUAUCCGAUUCCCACGGUUCGCCGUGUGGAACAGGAGUUGCGCCGGGACAUUGCGAGCAAUAAGGAGAAGCUCCGAGCUCUCGUGGGAAUGAGAUACCGUGAUUUGGUCGGAACUGCCGAGACAAUUGUGGCUAUGAACCGCGAUAUCCAGGACGUGGAAACCGUUCUCGCCGAUGUUGGACGCCGAUGCAACCCCCGACUGGUGGAAAGGAAGCAUGUCCAUGCUAGACAAAUCAAGAGUGGUGAUGUGGAGAAGAACGCAGAUAAACACGCCUUCGGCGCUCAGCUUGCGCUCCUACAUAGGUGUACCACAUCUAUCACACGACUUUUACGACGCCGUGCAUCCCUUCUGCUAAUCUCCAAGAUUCUCGUUGUCUCCCGACUACUACAUAAGACAUUAUCGCAGCACGAAUCAGUUCCUCCGUUCCUUGACGAUCUGCGGAAUCAAUUGGCACCCCUAUGGCGAACGCUUCUCAAACGAAUUGAAAAGCGCCUUGCUUCCACCGGCGCAACGGAAGAUGAUAUCAUCGAGUCGUUGGCCGCGUAUUGUCUCGCAACUAGCUCUUCUUCUGAUGAUGCGAUCCACCAUUUCCAUCAAGUGCGUCUGGAUGUCAUUGCAAGCCAGUUGGAUCUGUCUCGUGAGAACAUCCCAAAGGCCCUUCAACUAUUUGUCCGGACACUGCAGACUUCGAAGGUCCUGCGGCACCGUCAGUUCUCAGAGGUGCUUUCGAAACUCAAAGCUCGACCGAUUCUCGCCGAUCCAGAGAUUCGCAGUCUAGAUGGACUAGAAGUUGAAGUUCUGGGUCGAUGGGUGGCUCCAGUUGUCAAAAACUUCACGCCUUGGAUCAAGUUGAGUGAGCUAAAUAGGACUGAUGGAAUUGAUUCGAUCAAAGAGUGGUCACUUCAGGCGUUCGAGAAAUUCGCUGAAGGCUGCCAGAAAGACCUGGCUCACAGCAACGACUUCUCUGAGCUUCUCUCCCUGCGUGCAAGCACUGAGUCUGGAAGAGGUCGGAGGCAGAGCUUGUUCCAUUGUCUUGGACUGGGAAAAAAAGAGCAUGAAUCUGUUAGGUCUCUGUGGGAUGGUGAUCUCAUUGUCGCAGAGUACUCAAAUGGCGCACAGACAUUUAAACAAACUGUGGCAGACAGACUUCUUGGCCGUGAUGAAGACGUGUCGACUGUUCUCGUUACGUAUAAAGCGUGGCUCACAUCAAUCCAAGAAGUAAAUGAGUCUAUCGACUCUCUGCGUCGCAUGCGGUGGACCGAUAUUCUCGUUGGUGGGGAGGUUGAGGACGAAGAUAUUGACAUUACGCCUCGACUCAACGAGGAUGACCCACGUCUUCUGUCUGAUGCUCUGCAUUCUGCAGUCCGAGAGUCAUUCAACAACCUACAAACAUCAUUUAGUAGCGCAUUCAAAUCAUUCGGCUCAUCGCAUUCGAGCGAAAAGGCCACCUUCCUGCUGAGACUCAUUCGAUUGGUCCGGCGUGAUAUCCCGGCCAGAUUUGUGGCAGGGGACUUUGUCUUCUCAAGUGAUAUUGUUCCGGAGUUACAAAAGUUGCUUGCCUCAGAAGCUGUCGCCAAGACCGGCUCCUUGAAGAUGUUGCCAUCUUCGAAGACGCAUCCACAAACAGGCAAAGCCAAGAUGGUACCAGGUCGGUCAUUAUGGGAAGGCAACCCCGCCGUACCAGUUCAGCCCUCUGCGUCGACUUUUAAGUUCCUGCGUCGUCUUACUUCAACGAUGGACACCUGCGGGUCAGAUCUGUGGGAUCCGUCAACGGUGCAAGCAUUGAAACAAGCCCUGAAGAAAGAACUAGAGACUGCUAUUACAUCCUCUCUUGAUGAUCUCGAAAGCCCAGACUCCCCAAGCAAGUCCGAGACCAAUGAUGAAGAGCCUGCCACAAACGGUGACAAGGAUCAAGAGAAGGAGCCCGCAGAAUACAAUACCGAAGGCCAAGUCGACGCCCUGCGGGACUGGAAGAUGCAACUCUUCUUUGAUUCUCUAUAUCUAUCCAGGAUGCUCGGUGAGCAAUAUCAGCUGGCUGAUGUUGUUGCCCGUGCUCAGAAGAGUGCUGACCCUAGCGCCGAAGCUGUGAAAACGAUUAGGCAAUCUGCAAACGAGUACUGGGCUCGGACAGAGCUGCUUUUUGGCUUGUUGGCGGAACGUUGA